AUGACCACAGAAGCAAAUGUUAAAUUCACGGUUCAAAACGAGAACAUUAAACUUGAGAAAAGAAUUCCGCCAAUUGCAAAAUAUGAAUCUUUUGACGAUAGAGAUGAAUCCGAUCAAGUGGAUGGAGGAGAUACAAAACCUUUUUUAGAUGUUCCUGGAAUUGAUGAUGGACCUUUGUUCAAUGAUAAAAAACCAAGAGUUGUUCCAUCCGGUUACUUCCCACAAUGGCCAUCGAGUUAUCCACCAGAAGCUGAUGUCUCUAAUAUACCAAGUUUGAAUCUUUAUCAACAGAAGAAAACAAUUGCUCAAGGAAUGCUUGAUCUUGCCUUACUUUCUUCCAAUGCUAAUCAACUUCGAUACAUUUUAGAUUAUAAGGAGAGAAAUCAUUAUUACUAUAUCAGCCUAUCAUGCAUAAGUUCAAGUUUAGUGCUACAAGUUCUUGUUGCCAUUGCCCUUGUCUUUAAGAGUCGCUACAAUAUUGAUAAUGAACAAGAGUAUGCAAACGCUGAUCGCAUCAAUAACUUUAUUACAAUGGGAAUCUUAUUCAUAACUAUUAUUAAUGUUUUUACAUCUGCUUUCGGGGUAUCUUCGCCACAAUGA